AUGAAUUGUUUUGACAUUCGUUUUCCUGGGAGAGAGAUUCCAAAGUGGUUCAGCCAUCAAAGUAGGGGGCCUUCGAUAUCUUUUCAGUUGCCUCCGCAUUGGUUUAACAACAGGUUCUUGGGAGUUGCUUUUGCCGCUGUCGGAUUCAAAAAUGGUGAAUUCGACGAUUUUGGUAUUGAAAUGCGCUGGAAGUGCCACGUUACUCAGAGGAUCAUCACACCAUUUAAGACAGUGUUGGGACGUCUGAAUUUUGGAAAUAUUCUGGUUGAGGGUAUCUCACGCGGUGAAUUAUUGCCAUUCACGGAAGAUUGUAUGGAGGAAUUAAACGAGGGUGGAAUUGAAGCUGAAGUUUCUGCAUGCUACCGCUUUUCCAAAGAAGUGGCCGAAAAGAUCGGUGUCCACGUCAUAUACAAGGAAGCUGAAGAACAAGCACUCACUAGUAUAUACAACUCUCAAGAUAGCAACAACAUCAACAUGGAUGUGUUUCAUGGAGAUUUGGACAGAUCAGCAGGAGUACAAGUUGGUAGUAGUAGUAGUUGUGCUACUACAUCAAAGAGAAGACGCGAUGAUGACCUCAACGACAAUCACUACGAUGCAGCAGCAGCAGGAGCCAGUGGAAGUCCUGGAAUUGAUGAUCAAGAGGACCACCUCAACAGCAAAAGGCUUAGGGUCAGUACCGGGCAACUUAAAAGGAGAGGCUGGGACAUCAGAUCCUGGGUGUUCAAUAAUAAUAUUAGAUAGAGGAGGAUGACUAGAGCUAACAGUUGUAUUAGGAGAAGUUUUCCAUUUAUGUUUUGUGAUUGUAUUGACUUUAUUGUAAUAAUUGUCUAAGUAUUCAAAGAAAGGAAUUUCCAUACUAUAUUCAAUCAGAAAAUCAUACCGUUUACGAGUAAUUUUAGAUUGUUGAGCAGAAUCAUAUUUGGCUCUAUAAGCAUGUCUUUUAGUUCUAUUUUCUUUAGCUUUAAAUUCAAUAUGUAAU